CGCGAGGCAAGGACGAAAUUAAAGCAGGCAUUUUUUUGUAUUCCAUUUUUGUCUAAUCCCACUGAUUUCUGAAGGGAUUAGCGGACCAAUCAUGAUUGAGAGAGCGCGGCUUCUCCCGACACUGCCUGGGUGGGAGCUGUGCACAGACACUGAGUGACGGAGACACAACGCUGCGAUCUGCAGAAACAUUGUGGAUUUCUUGUUUGGGUUUAUGUUCAGAUCCGGAGGAGAAAGUUGCUCCGUCUUCUUCUCGCCUGCUCCGGUCAUCGACCUGAGGAUGCGCGCUGCGAUGUCUGCGCAUCUGGAUCAUGUUUUUGUGGAUGAUAACUUCAAUUUGUGCAGAUGCACAAUAAUUUAUGUCAACUUUCCCGCCAUAGCCAGCACUGAAAUUGUGUGUUAAAAGACAACAUCUUCACUAAACAUCCUGUCCAGGAUUUAUCUGGAUUUUUCUUUGCAUGACCAGCCAAUGGAGGAAGAGAGGGUGGAGGAUAAUGUCCAAGCAAAAUCCAGUUCCCCUUUACCCACCUGUCUACCCAUUAACUGGGCUCUCAUCACCGGCCCUGUCCCUGUUUUCCCUGCAAUCUCUUUGAGCUCCCAGCUACCUCCUCCUCAGAGUUCAGCUGUGCACGCACUACAGACCAAGGUGAAGUCAACCACACAGAGAAGGACAAGAGGGAGAGACAGAGAGAGGGAAAGAGACAGGCUGGACACAGACAUGCUUGUCAGCAGUCCUGCAGGGCAGACUUCACCUGAGGUCUUCCUGGGACAGAGGCCCAGAGGAAAGGGUCCGAUAUCUCUUUCUGCUCUCUCCUGGCGAUCAGGGGCUGGGAAGAACUCGAGCAGUAGUGGUGAAGAGGAGGAGGUUAAGGUGCAAGUCAGUUUUGAGAUCCAUAGCCCUCCAGCUGAGGCAAAAGAAGAGCAGGUAGUCCAGGAGGUAGAGGAAACUGAAGAGGAGCAGUCAGAAAGAAGUGAAGGCCAGGUCAGUUUCCUGGCAGGCCGGUCCUCUGGGCUCGUGGCAGGUACCAGUUUGGAGAGUCUUUUGUCUGAUAACUCAAGCAGUAGUAAGGAUGACCCAUCCCCUACUCCUCCACCACUACCUGUGCUCUCCUCAAGUUCUGCCACCGUCCCUGCUUCUACAUCAUCUUCCUCUUCUUCCUCCACAUCUUACACUUCCACCAGACACUGGGCCCCGCCCAAGGGCUUCUGGAGAGUGGUACGCCCAGAAACAUUGCUUCUAAAUGGUGUUGGCCCUCAUGACAUACCCUCCACGAUACCUCUGAAGGACUAUACUCAGACUGAAGCACGGGCAGAGCCUCAGUGGAGGUCUAAACCAGCCGAGACUGGUGAUAGGAGCAGUGAGCCGGAUGACAGCGAUGCAUCCUCAGAAUUCAAGCACUCUGACAGUGUGGAGGGCUUCCUGGACAGGUGUGAGCAGAAGGAGGCAGAUGCUGCAGACCCUGCCAAAGGUCUGUGCAGUUCAGACAGCUGCGAGAGCAUGUCUUCACAAUGUGGGGUGCUCUCGGCCGACAAGAAGCUGAAGGUGAAGCAGAGGGCUUAUGCAAGAUUGAGGGAGAGACAACAAAACUACAGGGAGGAGAGAGAGCAGAGCGGAGUGGAUAGUGGCAGCUGCCCUGAAGACACAACAUACAAUCUGGAUAGUAAAGUCGCAAGUGCCCAUGGGAUUUUGGACGGUUCAGACGCAGCCAUCCUUGCUCAGGAACUUGAACCCUAUUUGAGGUCACUUCUUGUGAUCAGUGACGAGAUUCCCCUGAGCCCAAGACAUGAGCAAGCCAAGCGCCUCCUGGAGCGGGCACGAAUCAAGGCUCGCUCCACUCACAUAAAAGGAGAUCGGCCCAGCAGACGCUCUCAUUCCGAUCAGAGAUCCACUGUGAAGAAGCAGCAAAUCGAAUCUCCCAGCCCAACGCCAGAGCAGAAAGCUGUUCAAGCUAAAGAUGUUACAGCUGAAACUGUGUCCAGCCCCCUCCUUGUCCCCACUCCAAGAGACACUUCCCCUGGUGAACAAGGAAGUCGAUCUAGACGGUACGGUUGCUCCCCCACACGGGUACGCUUUGAGGAUGAAUCAGAGAAAGAGGCAGAGUCUCGGUAUUUGGAUAGAGUCCAACAGCGUGGCAGGACCGGGGUCCCUAAAUCCAAGAGUAAAGAAAGCAAUACAGAUUCUAGCAGUAGUGGUUCGGAGAAGAGCAGAAGCAACAGAAGUGUCUCCAUGCCGCCCUCACAGACACGAGAAGAUGGAAAUAUCAGCAGUGAAACCACAACAGUGAUUAAAGAGAUAAUAGUGCUGGUGAAGAAAUGUGAGGCCUGUGGAUCUGUGGUCCGGGAACCUCAGCCAGUCUUAUCACCAUCAGACCCACAGAACACUGAGCCAGAGCAGCUUGGCAACCCAGAGGACCCUCUGGGAAAACCAGUUCCUCGCUGGGUGCCUCCAAACAAGCCAGAAGCAAGUACUCGUCCUAAAGCUCCUCUAACUGUCACUUUUGCUGGAGCAUUCAUUCUGGGGGAAAAUAAGGAGAGUAGCACGGUGUGGAAGUCAUCAGGAUUUGGGAAACUUAGGAGAAGGAGCAGGAAAGGAGAAAGUCGGCUGGAGUCUGGCAAUGGCCCUUACGGUCAAUCAUGGGCUCAACGGCGUAACUCAAAUCCCAGGAACAGGGUCAACUCGAGCAGGGCUGUUUCCUUCGCCCCUGGCAGCCCCAUCACUCAUGAGCCAUGUUUGCUGGGGGCAUCCGGUGGACCCAGGGAAUCGCCAGCCCCAUUGUUACCUAUAAAGUCAGCCCUGAAGUCAAGCUCGAGGAAUCGCUCUGCUGCUAGUCAAUCUACAGUCCAGUUCCAAAUUGCAAAUCAGGGAGGAGAGGGUGGGGCGCAGCACUCAACUCUCCUGGACUCUCCAGAGGCCAGACGGGAGUCCCCAGUGUCUUUAACACAAGGGGCGCCCGCAUCGAGCAGCUCAGUGCCCUGUAUCAGACCCUCCACUCUGAGAUACUCCCCAGCUGAACUCUGGGAUGCCACUCCAGAUGGAACAAGUUUAGAUGGAGACGCUGGUUCUGGUCCUGAUUGUCGACCAGCUCUGCGAGGCCAGGCCAUGUCUCGGGCCGAGGACCUGAGAGCUGAGCUGCUGAGAGCAGAACACCUGAAAGCCGAGGCCAUAUGGGAGGAGAACUCUGACGGGUCCAGAAAACUAGACGGGCGGCCGAAGCUCUUCCUGCGUCGCUUCUUCUCCUCCAUUGGUCUGAACAGUGUUGGUAGACUUGUUAAAGGACGACGCUCCAACAGCAUGGAACAGCUCAGUGUUCCCACCAUGCCCCGGGCCAGCUCCGCUUCCCCAAGCCCCACACGCCGACCGCAGCCUAUCAUCCGCAUGCAGAGGACACCUUCACUGCAGACCCUGAACACAGUGCUGCCACUGGCCCAACUGCGCAAAGCUUCCUCAGUGCAGAGUUUGGAGAGGAGAACAGAGCGUUCAACAAUACUGGGAGAGAUGCAUAUACCAUACGGCCUGGCACCCAGCCCUGAUAGCUCACAGCUCGAGCUUCACAGAGCCCUGAGUGUUGAGGACAUGCUUCCCUCCAGAAUAGUGCGUCCAGUGGGCCGGGUCACCCACGCCUUCCCUGAUGGGACCCUGCUCCUGGAGCUCGUCAGACCCCCAAAUGGUCCUUUUGGGUUUGUCAUCUCCAGAGGCAAAGGUCGACCAGACACAGGUGUUUAUGUAGAGAAAGUGGGUGACGGUGGAGGCGAAGGCAUCUACGUGGGCCUCCUCGGCAUCGGCGAUGAAAUUCUGCAGGUGAAUGGAGAGGCCCUGGCUGGACUCACUCUGGACCAGGUGACUCGGCUCAUGACCAGGGAAAGCACCGCAUCUCUCCGGAUCAUGCCAGCACGACGCAAUCAGCGCUGACAUGGGUAGACAGACGCUGGCACAGAGCAAUUUCUCCUGGGGCUUCGGUUUAUAAUUCGACACAGCAAACACUGCUGAUGGACUCUAGGUAGAUGUAAUGUGUAUCUCAGUGCAAUUUCACACAGGGUCAGAAGUUGAUUACCUAUUAGUGCAAACCCAUGUUAAAGAGUAUGACGCUGGACUUGCAUUACCAUGGCAAAUCUAUAAAAUAACCAAAUGCAAAACCAAACAAAGCCUGUUGUAGCAAGGACUACCCAAAUGGUUUCAGAUUAUUUACUGUGAGUCUAUUCCAAAAAAGAAACACUGAUUCAGACACAGCACAACUUGUGACUGUGCAGAGGUUUGGUUUUUAUGGUCAGAUAUAGGAAUAUAUUUGAACUGCACUUUUCCUUUCUUGUGAGUUAUUUUGCUCUUUCUAACAUAAUAUGACAUUUUGCAACUACAUUCUGUCACAUGUUUAAAGUUUUUCUUUGUUCCUGUUAAGUUUGUUGUUCGUAUGAUUGCCAUGUGUCAGGAUGUCCCACAAAUGAUAUCGUGGCCAGAACCUCAAAAUAAAGAGGUAUAUCAUACAUUGGUACAUAAAAUAUGUCUAGAAAUUAAGUAUCUUGUAAGUAAACCUUGUUAGAUUAUAGAUCAUAUUUCCCCUGGGGCCCUGGUCACCUCAUUUUACUUGUGCUAUCACGGAUUGCUGUAUGAAAUUGAUAUUGGUUCUCUUCUAAAUAAAUAAAAAGUUUUAUUUUUGUCAAA